AUGACCAAAACUCUCAUUAAGGAUCACAAACCUAAUCUCUUUGCCCUCAUCGAGCCGAAGAUUGCCCUAGACUCCCAAUACUUCUGUAGAUUAUUCAAUCUCCAUCAAGUCGUCCAAAAUACCAGCAAUCACAUUUGGCUCUUCUGUGACCAUAAUUGCCAAAUUCAAAUUCUUCACUCCUCUCGUCAACUCCUCCACGUGAAAGUUUCUUCUCCUCUUUCCCCCACUCCCUUCAUGCUUUCUAUCGUCUAUGGAGAACACACUCGAACAACAUCUGGCAGAGACUUGACCGGAUCCUUUUUUCUUAUUUGUGGUUCUCCUCCUUCCCUUCCUCCUCCAUUUCGCACCUCGCUCGUCACCAGUCAGACCAUAACGCUUUGCUCUGUAAAUUUAAACCCGCUUUCUGCCAAACUUAAACCAUCCUUCCAUUUUCAGAAUAUGUGGACUCGGCACUACCUUUUCCUCCAGGUAGUCAAAGACUCUUGGUCCAUCCCAUCCCCUUCUUCUGGCCUCAACAAGCUUCUUCAUAAGCUCGCCAGGCUUAAGCGUACGCUUAAAGCCUGGAACAGGAACACCUUUGGGAACAUCUUUGCUCGCGUCACUCUCGAACGGUUCGAAAAUGUCUCGGGCCAAAAAGUCAGUUCUCAUAAAAGUCGUUUCAUUCUUCACAAUCCCUCCCCCCAUCUUGUUGAGCGUGUCCACCGCUUAACUGGUUUCACUCAAGCCAACCUCCCCCUCCAGUACUUGGGAGCCCCUCUUUGGAAGGGUAACCAGAACCGAGACCUUUAUAAUGACCUUCUCUAUAAAAUCUCUUCUCGCAUUAGCUCAUGGAACCACCACAUCCUCUCUAUUGGUGGUCGACUAGAGCUAAUAAAAUCCACCCUCAUCUCCAUCCCCUUCUAUUGCCUUCAGGUUCUUAACCCCCCCAGAACCUUGCAUCGCCUUUGCUUUCCCACGGAAGAAGGAGGUUUUGGUUGUCGUAACGUCCAGGAUCUCGUCCGCACCACUGAGGUCAAACUUUGGUGGCGGCUUCGCUCUACUUCUAACAUUUGGACCAACCUCAUUCUGUCCAAAUAUUGCCCUAGACUCCACCCCAUGGAGGUUAAACGUAACCCUGCAGACUCUCCCACCUGGAAGCGGCUCUGUAGCAUCCGUACUACGGUCGAUCCGUGGAUUCACUGGCUCACCGGUGAUGGCAAUAUUUCUUUUUGGCAUGAUCGAUGGUGCCAAUAUAGUCCCCUAUCCUCUCUAGCCACCCAUACCCGCUCUAAUCUCCUUGUCCGUGAGGUUUGGAACGGAACUGGGUGGAACAUCCCUCUCCUUCAGACCCUUCUCCCUUCCCACGUGAUUGACUCUAUUACCGUCUUCCCCACCCACCUCCCCUCCUCUCCUCCCAUUUGGAAACUCUCAUCUAACGGCUCUUUCUCCUUUAAAAGUGCCUGGCAAGCCAUCCGUACCCCUCGUUCCCCUAACCCUAUCUUCCGGCACAUUUGGAGUUCCCUUUUUACCCCUACCAUCUCUACCUUCAUGGUCCGCCUCCUUUCCUUUUGGAUCUCCACCCCAGAUGGCCUAUUCGGAGGGGAAUCAGUGCUUCCAUCCCUUGCUUCUGUUGUGAGGAUAUGGAAUCCAUCCCUCACCUUUUCCUCCUCGGCCCAGUUGCCUCAGCAGUAUGGGUCGAUUUCUACUCUCUCGCCGUUAUCCCCCAAAUAUCCUCCGACAGCAUUUAAACCACUCUCUCCCACUGGUUCAAUUUUGGGACUGGCAAGUCCCAUCUAUUCCACCUCAUUCCCAUUCUUAUCCUUUGGUACCUCUAGUGUUCCCGCAAUGACAAAAGAGUUAAACAAAUCCCCUUCACUGCUCAACGCGUCUGCGAUCGAGUUUGGAAACAUCUUCAACUCAUCGCCAAUUCUUCCCUCCUAG